AUGGGUUUAUUACGUGGCAUCAAAUACGGCACGGAAACAUAUCAUACGUUAUUUAUGCGAUUGUGCAGUUUUGCGGCUAUAUACUGUGUUGAUGUGAAAGGUCAUUCGAAAAGUGUUGGUUAUGAGCCAGGAAUGCAGAUUGCCGAAGGUAAAUUCACGAAUACAUGGAAUGCUGUAGUCAUCGAUGGUGAAUGGAGAUUUGUUCAAUGCAAUUGGGGUGCUAGACAUUUAGUCAUGAGUAAAGACAAAAAACAAGUUGAUGUAGCACCACCAAAACCAACACGAGAAAAAAUAAAGUAUCAGUACGAUGAACAUUACUUCCUACCCGACCCCGAAGAUUUCAUUUUGGAAUUCUUUCCUUAUAAAACCGAAUGGCAAUUACUGGAAUCACCGAUAACUCUACAACAGUUCGAACAAUUGCCAUUUGUUCGUUCACUUUUCUUUCACUAUCAUCUGUCAUUCGUUAAUCAACAGCAUGCCGUUAUACAAACUGACAAUCGGGGAGCAUGUGACAUCAAAUUGCGUAUGCCCGAUUCACUUAAGCAUCGUCUUGCCUUUCAUUUUCAUCUACGUUUUGCACAUACAUCCAUGAGUGAACAAGCAGAAGAUCUAAGUGAAUUCCAAGGUGUUCGUCUGGAACGUUAUGUAUUACAUACAGUUCAAGAUGAUCUGGUGUCGUUUAAUAUCCAUGUACCACAAGAAGGAGAUUAUUUUAUUGAAAUUUUCGCAUCGCUUGUGGAACCGGAUCCCAAUCCAUUUGGACAAAGCUUUAAAUUAAAAUGUGUUUGUAAAUAUCGUAUUGCCUGUAAAAAUUUAAUCCAACGAAUGGUAAACAAACAUCCUCUUCCAGCAUGCGCGUCAGGUGAAUGGGGACCGGCGAAAGCUAUCCGUCAUUUCAAUAUUUGUCCAUUGACACAUUUCCAAGCCAUAUUCGAAACACAUCAAUUACCAAUUAUAAUCAAAUUCCGUUGUCCUAAACAACUAAAAUUUCAUGGUAAAUUAAGUUCGAAUCAAUACUCAUCAAUCAAUCACGAUCAAAGUAUCAUCUCGAAUUCAGCAGCAUCCAAUGGUCUCGAUAAAUAUGUCAAAUACGAAUAUGAUGAAUAUGAUUUUAUAAUUUCAUUUAUUAUUCAUUUACCACAUGAUGGACAAUAUGGCAUUGAUUUAUAUGCACGUGAUCCAGAAUACCAAACAGAGAAACGAACAAUGUCACAUUGUUGCAAAUACAUUAUCAAUUAUUCGAAGCCACCGACAGUUGACACAAUAGCACCAGCGCCGGCGUCGAUCUCGACGCCACCAACUAACACAACUCCUAACAAUAAUCAUUUAUAUCAUGAUUAUUCUUUUGAUGGUGCCAAAUCCAAUGGACAACAACGAAUGACAUCGCCGCAUAUCAAUGCAAGUUUUUAUCAAUCUGAACGAAGUGUUUCACCUCGUUCGACAUCAUCACGAGAUACAAAUGGCUCAGGAACGUCGCCUACCAUCGCGAUGCCGAAGAUAGGCGCGAAUACAAAUCUACUUUCGGAAUUCGGCAUGACUCCACUGAGUCAUCCGGAUCCGUCAAUAACAUUGCAUGGAACCAAUGCACUGGAUCUGCAAUUUCAAAUACGGAAAAUGGUCGAUUUCUCGUUCGAUUUGAUCUAUCACCAUGCAUCAGUCGAUCAUUCCACACGUGCACAAUUGCAAAAUUUAAAUCAACGUUUGAAUGCAUCCGACUAUGUGACAAUUCAACCCAAUGGUGGUUUCAAUGUCAUAUUUGCAUUGAAAUUACCUAAAUCAGGUGUUUAUAGUUUCACGAUAUAUGCCGCGACAACAAAUCAUCGAAAUGAUGCCCAAUCACAUACAAGUGGGCAAGCAGAAUUGCCAGCUGUUUAUACUUAUUUAAUUCGAUAUGUUUAA